AUGAAAAUCUCUUUUCCUUGGGUUGACUUUAUUCUACAGGACUUGCCAUCAACUGCACAACCAAAAGGACGACAGAUUUAUGUUCGGGCACAAUUUGAAUAUGAUCCAUCAAAAGAUGAUCUUAUACCUUGCAAAGAAGCUGGGAUCCGUUUCCGAGUUGGGGAGAUCAUACAGAUCAUCAGUAAAGAUGAUCACAAUUGGUGGCAGGGCAAGUUGGAAAACUCCAAAAAUGGUACAGCUGGUCUCAUUCCAUCUCCUGAACUGCAGGAAUGGCGUGUUGCGUGUAUAGCCAUGGAAAAGACCAAACAAGAGCAGCAGGCUAGCUGUACCUGGUUUGGGAAGAAGAAAAAACAAUACAAAGAUAAAUAUCUGGCAAAACACAAUGCAGUCUUUGAUCAACUAGAUCUUGUCACAUACGAAGAAGUAGUAAAACUGCAAGCCUUCAGAAGGAAGACGCUAGUAUUACUAGGAGCCCAUGGAGUAGGACGACGGCACAUUAAAAAUACUCUUAUUACAAAGCAUCCAGACAGAUUUGCAUACCCUAUACCACACACUACGAGACCUGCCAGAAAAGAUGAAGAAAAUGGCAAAAAUUACCAUUUUGUUUCACAUGAUCAAAUGAUGCAGGAUAUUUCCAAUAAUGAAUAUCUGGAGUAUGGCAGUCAUGAGGAUGCAAUGUAUGGAACAAAGUUGGAAACGAUACGCAAAAUCCAUGAACAAGCACUCAUUGCAAUUCUAGAUGUUGAGCCACAGGCACUAAAGGUUCUGAGAACUGCAGAGUUUGCUCCAUUUGUCGUUUUCAUUGCUGCCCCGACUAUUACUCCUGGCAUGACUGAGGAUGAAUCUCUUCAACGUCUACAGAAGGAGUCAGAAAUUCUACAGAGAACAUAUGCACACUACUUUGAUCUAACUAUAAUCAACAAUGAAAUAGAUGAGACCAUCAGGCAUCUGGAAGAAGCCAUUGAACUUGUGUGUACUACACCGCAGUGGGUUCCUGUAUCCUGGGUAUACUAAGGACUGGAGAGAGAAACCAUGAACUUUAUCAUUCCCUAGCAACACCUGACGUUAGACUUUGUAAAUGACCAUGCAUCAAAUCUUGCCCCUUAUAGACUGCCUAGGAUUAGUGUGCCCUAAUUUUUUUGACUAUUGUUAUGUCCUUCUAAAUGGAUGGAGAGAAAAUAUCAAACUCUGAAAGUGACAGUGUCCCUUUUUAAAAUGUGUGAGGGCUGUGCUUCCAUUAUUAAAAUCAGAUCUAUAAAUGCAUCCUGCUCUAUAAACAUUGGUAAAUCCCACAUUGAUCUGCAUUGUUAUUUGAACAGUUGCUUGUACUAAGUUUUAAUUAAGUAAGCUUUAAACACAAAUUUAUCCACCCAAAUUUUCUUUCCAAAUAAUGGAUCUGCUGAACUUUAAAACUGCAAAUAGCCUGCCUAUGUGGCUGCCUGUUUGAAAUUUAAUUUCACAUGGCUGGCAUUGUAUAAUAAAUUCAGAUAUUACAUCUUCGGAUGCCCCCUGUGAAUAAUUGGUACAAGCUUUAAGCAAUAUCUUACAUCUGCAAAGUUACAGAUACCUGCACUCAUUUGUUGAGGUUGGAUAUAGUAGGUGUAUUAAAUAGAUGUGAUUUUUUUUCACAAACCGGUCAAAUUUAAUAAAGGGGAUACUGUCAUUUACAAUUUAAAAUUGUACAAACAUUUUAGAAAUUGGAAUCAGGUUUUACUGCAUGUGGAGUUACAGAAUUCAUGCUGUUGGUGUAUCUGUGUUGGAAACUGUAUUCUACAGCAACGUACAUUCCAUUUGUUGGAAAAAUUACCCAAGGGAAUUAUUAUUCAAAAACAAUUGUAAACCUAUGCACAUCCCUUGCAUUGUGGGCAAGUUUAUAAAUGACUGAUUUUUAAUCAUGUAGUGAAAUGUGUUUGUACUUUGUUGCAAUUUAAUUUGUUCUAAGGGGAAGAAUUUGCAAUUUCGCCAUUUCAGAUAUGUGUCGUCUUUGAAUAUAAAUAUUUUAAUUAUGUUCCGUCUGGAAAAAUGGUUUAAUUUUUAUCAUUGAAUUAUAUGUAUUAAAAUGCACAAAUUUUACUAAAGAAAUACUGUGCGUAAAAAAAAAAGAGAUAGUUUGUGGUCAGAUACAAGCAGUUCAGCUCACGUCACAACUUCAUGCAAACUGGCCUGCAGUGCUACUGAAGAUAACGAUACAAAAAAAUUGCGAUUGGACUUUUUUUUCUAAAAGCUUCCCUUUAUGUGGUCAGUUUUUGCCUGUUUUUAUUUCCUAAUUGUCAUUCUUCAAGCUUAUACGGAGCUUGACCUCACCCAGCCAUGUUAAAUUGAACAAGCUGCAAUUAUUGACCUUCAGUACAGCUGCCUAAGACAUUAUUGUGUUUCCAAUUACAGGGCUGUAAGUUCUAUACUUUUAUAACUGGUCAGUGGUAAGGCCAGUGUGGUGCUGGCCAUCGGGAACUGAACAGUAUCUCUGGUCAUGUAAUAUAAAAAUGAAAAUACUGUGGAAAAAUGUAAAAGAAAACGAAGCACAAUUUCACAACUGGAAUUUAUUGAGCAUUUUCAUAUUUUCUGGAGUCCAUUCCGGUUAAGAGAAAAUAGUAUUUUAUAAAACUGUUCCCAUCAGGAUUUUAGAGCACAGAGGAAUGCAUUGUUUGCCUUAAGACAUUUUGUAACUUAAUUCCUGCUUUCUUUGAUGUAAUGCCAUUCCUAACAGUAUUGAAAGGAGAUUUACAUAUCUGUUAUACAUUUCAGAAAAUGCGUAUUGUUCAAAUGCCGUGGAUGCUUUCGUGAAACACAAUUGGCAAUGGAAAUCUGUAUUAAAGGAUAAGUGGUACAGUU